AUGGAGUUUUGUCUUGAUAUUGCCGCGCUGUGGCUGCUAAUUUUUUAUUUCGGCUGGGCGCGGGCAACUAACGAGAUGUGCUUGGAAUCAGAGUUGGGCGUCGGACAAUCGUUCACCAUCACUUCCGAGAUCGAUCAGAGCCGUUUCGAUUUCGGCUCACCUUACGAUUCGCCACUUCCGUUCGGCAUCGAUAUCAUCCUGGCUGAUUUCGCUGCAGUGCAUUGGACCCUUCGAUUGGACGUCGACAACAACAUUACUAGUGUAGUGCUGGAAGAUUGGGACUCAGCUCUUGUGACGGCAACAAUAACACGCAAGACCGCGUCUUCAGCACUAUUUGAGGUCACCUUCCUCGGCCACACCCUUUCAGCCGUGGCGCAUUUUGAGGCGGAGAUGAUGUUCCCUGAUGGUUUUUAUUGUGCGGGCAGCACAAUUUGUAAUGUCUCCGUGCCAACCUGGCCCGCAUAUGGAUGGAAGCAGCGCUGCGAGAUCGCACCUCAUUAUGCGUGCUUGGGUGAGCCGUUGACCAUCGGGCAAUCAUUCAACGUCACUGGCACUGUUCGCGUCGUACCUGAUUAUUACGUAAUCGGCAACGACGCGAUUUAUUUUACCUUCAAGCUCUUCGAUUCCACUUUCGCCAACGACGUGUUUUCUCUCUACAUAAAAGCACUGGUCCGGAUGGCGGACUACGUGGGAGUCCCUGGGAUCGACUAUGGCGAGGAUUUCCUGACCCUGGAUGAAAUUGUGCAAGCGCCGAUCACGUUGCGUCUCACUCGAACUUCCACCACCCAGCUAACGGUUGAGAUUUGGUAUAACGGCGAAGAAUACUCGGUCAACGCGACGGUCGCCAGCAAUUUUACUUUUGCCCUGUGUACUGGCGAUGCUGACACUUCGUGUGAAUAUACAAUCCCGACAACAAGUCCAGACCGAUUAGGCACCUGCACACUUAGCGCGCCUUCUACGACGAUUGCCAGCCCCGCAAGCACCGCGACUGGCCGAAAUUGCAAAGGAAAACGCAAACGCCGUGAUAUCAAAGCCCUGAAGACCAAGCCGUAUAAGAAACUCGACCAGUUUUCCCGCAUGCAGAAAAUUAUGGGU